GUCCUGUGUUGGCUUCUGGUAAGCUGAGAUGCCCAAACGUGGGGACAAUUUCCUUACAGCUCCUGUCGAGGGAUGCAGCAUCGCUUUGUAGUGCUGGAGGAGGAGAGAACCCAAGCUGUAAACAUUGCCGCAUCUGACCCUUCUACAGACCAAGUCACCUUGCUCUCUGCUUACACAGUCUUACUGAAGGAUAAAGGUCACUGGGAAUCCUUUCGCUAUAGACACAUCAUGAAUGAGAGUGGUUCUGGAUCUGGGCCAACGGCUGAUUUUUUGAAAGGAUUACCUGUCUACAACAAAAGCAACUUCAGUAGAUUUCAUGCAGACUCUGUAUGUAAAGCGUCGAAUAGAAGACCGUCAGUAUACCUUCCCACGAGGGAAUAUCCUUCUGAACAAAUCAUAGUAACAGAAAAGACGAACAUACUUUUGCGUUAUUUACAUCAGCAAUGGGACAAAAAGAAUGCAGCAAAGAAAAGAGAUCAAGAGCAAGUGGAAAUAGAAGGUGAGAAUUCGGCGCCUCCCCGGAAAAUCGCUCGGACAGACAGCCAGGAUAUGAAUGAGGACACUUAAACUCUUGCUUGCUCCUCUCCUCCUUUUGCAGGCGCUUCCUGUUUUGUCUCAAAAUGUGUAAAUUUCUGUCCCUUCCCCACCCCCCCACCCCCACUAUGCAGCCCAAACCACUUCUGACUUCAUAGGAGCCAAUGUAUUUAUUUUUUUUUCCCCCUCCAGUUUUUAUUUAUGCCGUGAACCUUAUGGGGCAGUGGUGGAGCAAGUCAACAAGCGAUGUAGUGUAACUUCCCUUGAUCCUUUUUAAAAAACAUCCUGUCACUUCUGGGUUUUGUGCUACCUGUUGCUUAACUAACCCAGUCUAGCCAUGGAAGCCUGGAUAGGAGACAUGGGUUUACAGCAGAACCCUUCAGUGGCAUAGGCUUUCUGCUCCAUGUACACAUCGCUAUGACAGAGGCUAACUUUACAGUCUAGCAGCGAUCGGAGGGGGGGGCUUUGUCUCCCUCCCAAAUGUAACUUCCAAAAUGGGCACCAUACUAGAAAUCAUGGGGUUAUUUGGGAUUAUACUGAUCUUAUCAAAUGUGUUCUCACCUUGAUAUAACCAUUGUAUCCCUUUUGGCCUGUCCUGUGAAGGCCGCAGCCUGUGUUCAGCCCGCGUACGUUAUCACAUGCAUCAGUGAUCAUGGAGAGUACAAGUGAAAGAUGUGUUACUUGUGUUGCUCUUGAAAUAUAAGUCCUUUCGUCUCAGAAGGACUUGGUAUGUGCAACUUCUCCAUUGGAAUAAAAAGGAUGCUUUUAUCCUACGCUGAGUAUUUGAUCGGCAGUGUGUGUUAGACGACGACAGAUGGGAUGAGUUGGGUAAGCCUGCCUUUGACUGCUGCCGGGGUGCAUAAGCCAGCUCUUUGUCCUCAAGUCACACAUCGCAUUGGGAACAGCUUGGCUCUUUCCUCUUUCUCCACUGUUAUCUCUGAAAAAUGGUACCUUAUUGUGUGUGCCCUGGAGUGUCUGUAUGUCUGGAGCAGAAUCCAAGACCCCUGGAUGCAAAGUAGCUGACCAAAAAUGUGAGCUUCCAUGGUCUGUAUUCAAGACCAACUCUAUUUCUUUUGGACAAUGACAGCUCAGUGCCUGUCACCUGUAACCCUUUACUGACUCUUCAGUAGAAGCCAAAUGCAGAAACCCUCAAGACGCCUAGAUGAAAUCAAAGUUCAGAGGGAGUUAAAAGAACCGGCUGAUAACAGGGGUGUCGCUCACUAUUGACUGUCCAGUAUGGUGUAAUCGGAGGAGCUGAUCUGACAUUGUGUUGGGUUUAAAUCUAGGUUGUUGCAUUUAAUUGCUCUUCCCCUGCUCUCCGCUCAUCCACAACUCCUGAAUGAACUGAGUCCAGGAACAGUACGCCUGCGUAAGAUGAAUUCUAUAAGGGGCUUGAGCCGUGUCUGACUGUAGUGGUUAAACUCAGAUGAAAACUUGAGGAUGGGGGCCAUGCCAUGCCCUUGACUGCAGCAUCCCCAUGAGACCGGUGGAAAGGAUGUGUCCAGGGGGAAAAAAAGACUAUGAGAAUGAAAUGGUGUGGCUGACAGCUUUAUCGUACGGGACAGGACUUUGUGAAGAGCAGGGCACAGCUCAUUUCUUACUGCAACCAUUUUUAAGUGUAUAUAAGGCACAAGCUUCUGAUACAUUGUGUGAAUUUAACCUUUUUUUUUUUAAGUUAACACUGUUGAGUAGCUUAGACUUCAAAUUGUACCUGCCUUCAACAUUGUUUUGCUGUGGCAGCACCCCUCCAGAUCACCCGAACUUUGGGUAAAAAUACCACCUGUGUUGGGGAGGUAAAAAAUACUUUUCCUUCUCCAUGUGAUCUGCUGGCGCUCCCGUUCUUUUCCCAGAGCCAUGCUGCCAAAAAGAUGCAGCGUGUGAAAUGCAAGAAAUAAGCAAAAAAUGCCAUGUCCACAUCUACUUUUACUAGGAUGCAUUAAAAGGAUCAUAAUUCUAAAAGAAGAAGUCGGGGAUAUAGCUGACGAUAAAGUGUGUCCAUCCUGUGUUUUUAGCUUAAUUUGAGGAUCUCGGCCUCAAGACUGAUGUUUGUACAGUGCUUUGAAGUCAUAAAAUGCUGUAUACUUCCUGAUCACUGCAGAGAGAUUUGAGCUUUGCUGACUUCCCUGCUAGACAAGAGCGACGCACUAUUAAAGAGAGAUGGCAGUUCA